AAUACACUCGUCUGUUAAGUCAGAGCGAGCCAAGCGAGCAGGCUGGAAACGAGCCGGAAUACCGGCGUUCAUACGGGCUGAUAUAAGAGGGAGAGCUGCUCAACCACGUCGGCACCGUGAAGCUGAUUUAUAACGCUGCAGCCAUUUGUGGAUAUAGUGGAUAUAGGCUGCUGUCUUGGAUCCGUGCGAGUUACAGUUUAGCAGAUUUCUACUCAAUACAUGCCAAAACUGGGGAAUCUUGAGGAUUGUGAAACUUUGUCGCGGAACUUUGAGGUUUUCGCCACUAUAAUUGGCUACCGAAUGGAGCAGCAGCCGAGCGCACGGAGCUGCGCGAGCCGUGGAGCUCCGUCUUGCGAGGCCGUCCCGGGCGAGCCGCCCAUCAGUUUGCACAUUCAGUCCACGACAGGCACGCGCUUCGAGCUGUCCCUUCCGGCCGAGGAGACGGUGGAAGGACUGAAGAGGAGACUGUCUCAGAGACUGAAGGUGCCCAAAGAGAGACUUGCUCUGCUGCACAAAGAGACGCGCCUGAGUUCAGGGAAACUUCAGGAUUUGGGCAUUACAGACGGGAGCAAGUUGACUCUCGUCCCGACGGUUGAAGCAGGUCUAAUGUCUCAAGCAUCAAGACCCGAGCAGUCAGUGAUGCAGGCCUUGGAGAGUCUGACGGAAACGCAGGUCAGUGAUUUCCUGUCUGGCCGCUCUCCUUUGACCCUAGCCCUUCGAGUAGGCGAUCACAUGAUGUUUGUCCAGCUGCAGUUGGCAGCACAGCACUCUGGCAGCCAGCAGUUGCAGCACCAGCACCUCAUUUCACGUGGGACCUCAGAAGGCACGACGGGACACUCAGCGGGGGCCAUGGGUUCUGCUGCUCGAGUCUUGCACAGCCCCCAUCCACAUCCACACCUGCACCCACACCCACACCCACAUCAACAUGGUCACCCCCACCAUCGGCACACAACGCUCCCACCUAGCCCUGCAGCCUUUACUCCCUCCCCUUCUGGCCACUCUGUGCCCCUCAUGUACCCCACCUCAGCCUCCAGACACUGCAGUACCCCGCCCUGUCCUUCACCUCUACCGGAUGGCCUCCUCCGCUCCCAGCAGCCCCCAUCAGCCUGCCCAAGCUCCCCGAGCAGCCCCAGCCCUGCUGCCCCCUGUCCAGAGGCAAACUGCACUGCUAAGACUGCCAGCAACUGUAAUGCCCCCUCGCGCUCCCGUAAACCAGGUGCUAUCAUCGAAAGCUUUGUCAACCACGCUCCGGGAGUUUUCUCUGGAACAUUUUCAGGCACUUUGCAUCCGAACUGUCAAGACAGCAGUGGGCGCCCACGACGGGAUAUCAGCACCAUCCUGCAGAUCCUGAAUGAUCUCCUGAGUGCUACCCGCCACUACCAAGGCAUGCCCGCAUCCCUCACGCAGCUCCGCUACCAGACACAGUGCGGCAGUUCAGGCUCUCCAGCACCCUCACCCCCGCCUUCCCCUCCAGCAACGUCUGAACUCGCCAGCAUCUCCUCUGAAGCUACCUCCAUGCCCUUGGUGAACCAACCCACCCUCCACCCGCUGGUCCAAUGCCAGAGCCAGGUCCGAAUGUGCAAGCCUCUUGGUGACCGGCUACGGCAGACGGAGAACCGGGCCACGCGCUGUAAGGUGGAGCGUCUGCAGCUGCUCAUGCAGCAGAAGCGUCUGCGCAGGAAGGCCCGGAGGGACUCCCGAGCCCCUUACCCCUGGCUGCCCAACCGCAAGGCUGGCCGCAGCAACAGCAACAGCAGCAUGUCCAGCGAGGGCUCCCUGGACCUGGACUUUGACGACUCGGUGUGGAAGCCUGACGUCAAGGCCGACUUGAAGUCGGAGUUCAUCAUGGCCUAAAAUGGAAGCGGAGGGCUUGUCGUCUCGAUUGAGGAGGGAGACGGGCCGACAGAGUUUAGGGUGUUGUGUACAGGAAGGGGAGCCGUGUGAAACUUCAGCCUGGUGACGACUGAGAAAAAUUCAAAGCAUUGUAUGCUUCCCUUCAACCACAGACUCGUUUCACAAAGGAAGUUAAACUGACAUUUUACCGUAAUGUCCCUGUCAGUGUAUGAUUAAGGAGAUGGACCGAAUUUCAGGUUGAUAACACGGUGGACUUGGAUUAGACUAAUGACCGUGGACGACGCAGAUGCACACUGUCACAAGAAGAAAAUAACGCAAGAAAUGAGCAUAGCAGACUUUAAUGGUGUUGGGUUUUUUCUUUUUUCUUUUUUUUUUUUCCCUUUUCCUUCCCCAACGAGAACACGGGGCAAACGCAGCUACCACGAAUCCAGAGAAUUCAUUGGUCUUGCUGCCACCCAAUUUCUUUUUUUCUUUCCCGCAGGGGCAUUUAAAACAAUUUUAGGAGCCAUGAAGCAGAUCUCAAACGGGGGGGUUAUUUCUUUAUUUAAUUUUUUUUUUGUUUAUGCUUUUUAUUACUCUUAAUCAGUUUACUAUUUUUGAAAAAAAAAAAAAAAAAAGAAAAAUAUGUAGCAUUACCCACUUAGCAUUCAGGUUUUUGAUCUUACGGACGAGGAGGUUUUAUUUGCACAUAUCUUUUGAUUUACAAAGCUAAGAAAUGGUACAAUGCAUGUUCAACAACACAAAUGCUUCUUCAAUGCAGCUCGGUGUAGUGACAGAGGUUUAAAGUUGGAUUUAUUCUCAGAAAACGGAAAUAAAAAAAACACCAAAAACAAGAAACAAAAUAUGAUGAACUGUAAAGUCAGUCAGUUUAUAUACAUAUAAAUAUAUAUAUAUAUAUAUAAAUAUAAAUAUAUACAUAUAUAUUUUCCUUUUUAACAUGAUACUUUAAAAAAAUAGUUACUGAAUAUGGCUUGGGUGAAGCCCUGAAAUAAAUUGUGUAAGUCGUAUAUCUAAAUAAACACAGUUCCUUUCCGUAUGUCCUCAUACCUGUGAAGAAGAAGGUACAUUUUAGCAUAGAGUCCAUUAAAAUAGCUCAUUCUGGCAAGGCUUUUAUUCGUUUCUCCGAAACAAUCAGGAAGAUACUGAUUAACAAACUUUUGGACCCCAUCCUUCCCCAUGAUAACUACCCUGUCUUGUCUACGUGAUUCUAGUCUCGAGCAAAUCUUUGGCAAAUUGUUCUUAAAUUGCCCUUAUUUAGGCCCCUCAGCCUGUCUGUUAGAUCAAGAACGAGAACAAUAGGCCUGCAGCCGCCAUCUUCACCUACUCGAUAGUGCCUCCCUGGUAGAUGCACUAACAUCCAAUUAGGCCUUCCACAGACCCGACAGUUCUGCUGCUAAAUGGGACUUUACUUUGCAUGUAAAUGUGUGAAUUAGCCUCACCUUUUUGUAGGAGGAAAAAACAACAGAACGUGAGGAAUCGGUGCUUAAAAGAAAAAAAACCUGCAUGCAUUUAUGAGAAAAAAAAGAAGAGUUGCUCAGCUGACUGGGAUUUCCUAAUUAAAGAUGACGUUACAUAUCAGUGGUGAAAGGAAACAUGUGGCAGGCCUUUUUUUUUUUUUUUUUUUUCUUCUAUCGUUUUUUUACACAGUGUUCAUGGAUCAUUCCUGGACUGUGACGAGCUUAGAGCAACUGAACUUUUUCUGCACCCAGCAAAAAGGGGUCCACAGAGCUAAACAGCAUGCCCCACGAUGGACCAGUGUCUGUCCCUACUGACUUAAAACUGUACUCAAGAAUUUGUGUAAAAAAACUAUUGAUUGAACAUGAUUGCACUCACUGAGUUUGCAAUGAGAUUACUUGCCUAAAGGGGAACCUCUUUUUUUUUUUUCUUUUCUUUUUCUUUUCAAGUGGCCUUAACUUUCACAAUGAGACACUUGGGGACUGGGGGACUAGAUAGGAAUGUUCCAUUUUUUUUGCUAUUGUCAAUAUUCUUGAUUUUUAUUUAUUUUUUUUUUUGCCAAAACAUCAUUUUCUCCAAUUAUUUGGGCAACUCUUUGCAUUUCUUGAAGGUGGAGGCUCUAAUAUGUCAAGGCUUCUGUGCCUUAAAAAAUUGCCCUUCAAUGAGCGAGGAAAAAAAAAAAGGCAGAACAAUUGUGUUUUUCAGUCUUAGCAGGUUCUUCAGCAUCAUACGAGCUCUGGUAGAAGAAUAAUAAUAUUAUUAAUAAUAAUAAUAAUAAUAAUAUAUAUUUUUUGCAAGUGUUCAGCACUACCUGGAUAUAGAGGAAUGGCUUCAGGUCUCCAUACUUUGUUGUAAAAUCCUUUAAACCCUAAUCUGUCCUAUCGCCAAGAAGCUGAAAAGCAACAAAUUUACAAAUCAAUUGUAAAGAAAUAAAUAAAAUAAAUACAAAAAAAUCACGAGGAAGGUUCCACUGUAGUGCUACAGCUAAAAAGUGCCCUGACUCUGAGCGUCCUUUAAGGACAGGUAACUACAUGCACUUCCUCCCCUCCUUGGAUAAAAGAUCUCAAAGGACAAACCCCUCCCCUCAUCUCCACCCUGACCCCCACCCAAACAUUUUUUAAUUUCCAUAUAUGUAUGAAAUAUACUCUGUGUGUGCCUCACCUAUAUGUGAAAUGAGAAAAAAAGAAGAAAAAAAAAAAAAAAAAGAGUUGAGAGCUGGAUGUUUUAAGGGGUGGGGUGGGGCAGGGGGGCGUUUACAAUACAGUUUGUUGAAGUUCACAUCAUUUGAGUUGCCUGUUCUUUCUUGUAGCCAACAAUUAAAGAUAAUAACAAGAGUCAAAAAUACAAUGUUCUAGCUAUAGACCGGUGUAGCACAUGUGUGACUGUAUUAAUUUAUAAAAAACCAAAAUGGUAACUGUGAAUUAUGUAUUUCUUUGUGCAUUUUUUUUUUUAAAAGAGGGAGAAGGCGAAAAAGGGGCAUGGCUAUGUCCCCCCCCCCACCCCCCAUUUUUGUUUUUGUGGAAUAUAAUGGAAAUAACCAAGUUAAAAAAAAAAACAAAAAAAAAAUACAAAAAAAAAACAAAAGAAAAUAUCUAAAUAUAUUUUUUUCUUAAGCAAUACAUUUCAGUGUGACUUGUGAUA